AUGAUGGAGCCAACGACAAAGCCGACCCACCCACCUAAGGACGACCCGAUCUCUGUCGAGGAGCUCAAGCAGUACGACGGCACGGACGAGUCCAAGCCUGUCUACGUCGCUGUAAAGGGCACCGUGUUCGAUGUUUCGCCCAAGCGUGAGAUGUACAGCCCUGGCAAAGGGUACCACAUCUUUGCAGGCAAGGACGGCUCGCGCGGCCUGGGAAUGUCGUCGCUCAAGCCUGAGGAUGCGGUUGCGGACUACAGCACUCUCGAUGACAAGCAGCUCAAGGUGCUCAAUGACUGGCACUCGUAUUACACAAAGCGAUACAACAUUGUCGGCAAGGUCGCACAGUCAUAA